CGAUGCUUGAGCCCACCUCCCCACGCCGGCCUAGAGGUUCCUAGUCCCGGAGGUGGGGCCCGCGGCGGCAGUUUCGGGAAGGCCCGGGCGGAGCCGAGGCAACGGCGGAGGCGGAGGCGGAAGCGGCAGCCGGCGGGGCGGGGAGGGGGCUGGCCCGGAAGGAGGAGAAACCCUGAAAAGAAAACAGCAACAAGCGGAGCUGCUCUGACAGUGGGGAACAAAAUGGCGGCGCCGAAGGCGAGCCUCUGGGUCCGGGCCCAACUGGGUCUCCCGCCGCUGCUGCUGCUGACCAUGGCCCUGGCCGGAGGUUCGGGGACCGCUGCGGCUGAAGCGUUUGACUCGGUCUUGGGUGAUACGGCGUCCUGCCACCGGGCCUGCCAGUUGACCUAUCCCUUGCACACCUACCCCAAGGUGCCUGCCAGUUUGUACACAGUGGACCACGCAGAAGAGGAAUUGUAUGCAUGUCAGAGAGGUUGCAGACUGUUUUCAAUUUGUCAGUUUGUGGAUGAUGGAAUUGACUUAAAUCGAACCAAAUUGGAAUGUGAAUCUGCAUGUACAGAAGCAUAUUCCCAGUCUGAUGAGCAAUAUGCUUGCCAUCUUGGUUGCCAGAAUCAGCUGCCAUUCGCUGAAUUGAGACAAGAACAACUCAUGUCCCUGAUGCCAAAAAUGCAUCUCCUCUUCCCUUUAACUCUGGUGAGAUCAUUCUGGAGUGACAUGAUGGACUCUGCACAGAGCUUCAUAACCUCUUCAUGGACUUUUUAUCUUCAAGCUGAUGAUGGAAAAAUAGUUAUAUUCCAGUCUAAGCCAGAAAUUCAGUAUGCACCACAGUUGGAGCAGGAGCCUACAAACUUGAGAGAAUCAUCUCUAAGCAAAAUGUCCUCAGAUCUACAAAUGAGAAGUUCACAAGCACACAGGAACUAUCUCGAGGAUGGAGAAAGCGAUGGCUUUUUAAGAUGCCUCUCUCUUAACUCUGGGUGGAUUUUAACCAUGACUCUUGUCCUUUCGGUGAUGGUGUUGCUGUGGAUUUGUUGUGCAGCUGUUGCUACAGCUGUAGAGCAGUAUGUUCCCUCUGAGAAGCUGAGUAUCUAUGGUGACUUGGAAUUUGUGAACGAACAAAAGCUAAGCAGAUAUCCAGCUUCUUCUCUCGUGGUUGUGAGAUCUAAAACUGAAGAUCAUGAAGAAGCAGGGCCUCUACCUACAAAAGUGAAUCUCUCUCAUUCAGAAAUUUAAGCUUUGUUUUAAAAAGUGUCAUAGACACUUAAAUUUCCAUUCUUCAUAGAGCUUUUUAAAAUGGUUUCAUUGGUCAUAGCCUUAAGAAAUCACUAUAAAUGCAAAUAAAGUUACCCAAAUCUGUGAAGACUGUAUUUGCUGUAACUUUACCUGUAUUUUUUUUCCUAGUAAUUUAAGACAUGGAUGUUUGGGGUUGUUUUUAUUUUACUAAUGUCUGUAGCUACUUUGUUAACUGCAUUGAAUUUUUUUUUUCUUUCUUAGCCAAAUUCUAUGAGCUGAUCAUUGUUCUUCCCCACCUCCUGCCACGAUACUGUCAGUUAUCUUAGCUAAUAAACUGAAUACCUAGUAGGAUAUGAUGCUUCUGCUCAAAAAUGGCCCACAAACCUGUAAUUUGAAAUUUAGCAGAAAAUGCUGUUUAAAGACACUACAUUUUCAGUUGUAUUGGACUGAAAUUAUUAAAAUUUUAUUUGAAUUAUUA